GCUAUCGGCAAAGUGCGUAAUGCUCCCCACCGCCUGAUUAACUCUGCUUUUGGAGAUUGCCCUAAGCUAAGCGCACUGCUGCGUUGAUCGGCCGAGAUGGUAAUUAGUGCGCAUGCGCAAGUUCGAGGUCGGGGAUUUCUGGUAGCAUUUCCCUGUUUGCGACGACGUGUUUCGGGAGGGACAAAGAGACUCGUCAUCCGCAACCUGGAGAUGAUAUAUUUAUGACGACAGUCACAACCAGCAAGACGAAGACAGUUACACAUCGAAGACUGCCGUACAAUGCGACUGGGCUUCCGAGAUGCGACGACUGCAUGUUAUGAAAUGGUGUCUCUUAGCAGUGGCUGUGCUCGUGCUAUUCCUCUCUGCCUUACUUUACACUGGACAGGUAGGCGAGGGGAAGAUAUCACAGCCUUUGUCUGAAUACUUCGAAAAUCGUGUCGGUCUCCAGUUUGUUCAAAGCGUUCGAUCAGUACAUUCAUCAGCAGAUGGUGGCGUUGUUAUGAAUUCGACGGAAAGGCCACAUCAAGCAAAGGGAAAAGAGCGUCUGCACAUGGAUCCCAAGAAGUUCACCGCCGUGGUGACUACGAGUGCACUUGUCGACAAGGGAAAGCGUAGAAAAAGUAGUCAUCUAGAUCUCAAUGAAAAUAGCAAUGAACGGUUCAUUACGGUGAUACCCACAAGUCUGACCCCAGCGACCCGCUCGCCUCUUGAGAGGAAUCAGACAGUAUUGAAAAAUGCAAACGAGCACAAACCAAAUAAGACGCCCAUUGUCAAACAUCGCCCAACAGUAGACGUGCAUGCAAAAAUAAACGUACUUUUUUGGACGAACUAUUAUGGUGACGUCUUCAAAUGGCAAGAAACCUUCGCAGGAUGUGCCAUUUCCAAGUGUGGCAUCACGACGGAUAAGUCACUAUACAAUACAUCGGACGCUGUUAUAUUUCAUAUGUGGAAAGGUGAUUUCGAAUUGGCACAUCUUCCCAAACACCGCCUCGAAAAUCAACACUGGUUGGUCUUCAGCAGAGAACCACCUACAAGAAUUGCCGAGUUUGUCACUGAGGGCAUUCGGUGGACGUUCAACUUGACCAUUGGCUACAGCAUGGCUUCAGACGUGCCAGUGCCAUACGGUCGGACAGUAGGCCACCGUAACGUCAGCAAGGUCCCUAAACAUGACUUUUCCCAAGGGAGGACCAGGUUGGUCGCGUGGGUCGUGAGCCAUUGCUGGGAUUCGAGUGGUCGGUUUGAAUUCGUCGAGGAGUUAAACAAGUCUGUUACAGUUGAUGUUUUCGGGAGAUGUGGCAAGCCUUGUCCUGGAGAUGAUGGCAAGAGAUCACCAGAGUGUCUUCAUGCUAUAGGAAAACAGUACAAAUUCUACCUCGCCUUAGAGAAUUCAGAUUGCAUUGAUUACGUCACUGAGAAAGUAUGGAAAAAUGCAUACAGGCACAACCUCGUCCCUAUUGUGAGGGGGUCAAUGGUCAAAUUUGGUCGAGUUCUUCCUCCACAUUCAUACAUAAACGCUGAUAACUUCAAAAGUGUGGAAGAACUUGGUAUGUAUCUGACUUAUGUCAAUACGAACAAUCACGUAUAUAACGGCUACUUCUCGUGGAAAGCAGUUUAUUCAGUGUACAGUGGAUCUCCCUUUUGUACGAUGUGUGAAGCUCUCCAUAAAAUGCGCGGGAAGAAAAAGACGGUGGAUUUGAGAAAAUGGAUCGAUGUUGGGUCGCAGUGCAAUAUUGCUCCAAGCAAAGGAAUUCAGCUGAGGAAAUCACGGGGAAAACUGAAAACAGCAAUCUAAUAUGUUAUUCCGU